AUGCAUAAGGAUGACGGUAAAAACAGAGUGGUAGAAUACUAUAGCAAGAAAACUAGUUCCGCGGAAUCUAGGUAUCAUUCAUAUGAUAUAGAGACGUUGGCAGUUGUAAACGCCGUUAAACGUUAUCAUCACUAUUUACAUGGACGAGAAUUUAUUGUUGCUACUAAUUGUAAUUCCAUGAAGGUAAUUGUAAUACCUAGUAAUAAAUUGAAUUUAGAUGACAAAGUUAUACAGAUUGUGGGCUUACUUAGAAAAUUUAAUUUUGACGUUAUGUAUCGAGAAGGAAAACACGUAGAUUUCCAUUCGCGGAAUUCCAUAUACACAACAGGCAAGUUAAGUGGUCAGAGUGAUUUGAAAGAAUAUGUUAUUGUUUUGGUCGAUGUUUUCACUAAAUUUGUAUACCUGUAUCAUGUUCGUAAAAUAGAUUAUCUUGGUAUCAUCAAAGCGCUUAAGUCUCCGAUAUUUUUUUCGGCAGUACUUGCCGGAUAA